AUUACCCGGCAUUCCUUGCGCUCUUCCUUUUUCGUCCCGCAAGGCAAGAUGCCCAAGGGGAAGAAGGCCAAGGGGAAGAAGGUGGCCCCGGCACCUGCUGUAGUCAAGAAGCAGGAGGCCAAGAAGGUGGUCAACCCUCUCUUCGAGAAGAGGCCCAAGAACUUUGGCAUCGGGCAGGAUAUCCAGCCUAAACGGGACUUGACUCGCUUUGUGAAAUGGCCCCGUUACAUCAGACUUCAGCGCCAGAGAGCCAUCCUCUACAAACGGCUGAAGGUGCCCCCUGCGAUUAACCAGUUCACACAAGCGUUGGACCGCCAGACAGCUACUCAGCUCCUGAAGUUGGCCCACAAGUACAGGCCUGAGACCAAGCAAGAGAAGAAACAGCGGCUGCUUGCUCGGGCAGAGCAGAAGGCUGCAGGAAAGGGAGAUGUCCCUACCAAGAGGCCCCCAGUGCUGAGAGCAGGCGUUAACACAGUCACAACACUGGUGGAGAACAAGAAAGCCCAGCUAGUGGUGAUCGCGCAUGAUGUAGACCCCGUUGAGCUGGUGGUUUUCCUGCCCGCCUUGUGUCGCAAAAUGGGAGUCCCGUAUUGUAUUAUCAAGGGCAAGGCCAGGCUGGGCCGCCUUGUCCACCGAAAAACCUGCACCUGUGUUGCUUUCACUCAAGUUAAUCCGGAGGACAAGGGAGCCCUGGCUAAACUGGUGGAAGCUGUGAAGACCAACUACAACGAACGAUAUGAUGAGAUCCGUCGUCAUUGGGGUGGCAAUGUCUUGGGGCCCAAGUCAGUGGCUCGCAUCGCUAAGCUUGAAAAAGCCAAGGCUAAAGAAUUGGCCACUAAGCUCGGGUAGAUAUAUCAAAUUUGCCUCAAGUUCUUUACAUAAAAAU